UGGUUUGGAAAAGGACCGCGCCUCCCGGAAGUGUUGGGGGUGGUGCCUGAUGCAGGAGGCGGUGGCGCGGAGCCUGCGGCGGGGCUUGGAGAGGCUGCGACCGCUCGCGAAGAAUAAGACGCUGCGAUACGGGGUCCCCAUGAUGCUCCUGAUUAUUGGUGGGUCCUUUGGUCUCCGUGAGUUCACUCAAAUCCGUUAUGAUGCUCAAAAACGCCACAGCAAGAUGGAUCCAGCUUUGGAAGCAAGAAUCAGAAAGAAUAAGAUAUCAUUGGAAUCUGAAUAUGAGAAACUGAAAAGCUCUGACUUUGAUGACUGGAAGAACGUCAGAGGGCCCCGUCCAUGGGAGGAUUCCAAGUCUCUUCAAGAGCAGCAGCAGCAAGUUCUUCAUUCUAAGCCAUCUUGACUGUGUGCGCUCACUCUGGUGUCUUUAUAGAAUCACUGCUAUGCCAAUGACUGGGCUUUCUUGCUUUCUAAUCCUGUGUCCAGGGAGAGACAUGGGUGGGGAAAAACCAAGUUGACAGGUGGUUUACUUGAGAUCAAUCUGAGAUGAAAUGUUAAAUAAAGAUCUUUGUUCAACUGCAUCCAUUUGCAUAGAAGCCCAUAGACCGUGUAUAUUAAUUCUUAAUAAAGUUCAGCCCAUUCUUUCAUUGA